AUCGCGCCCUUGUGUUGCAGCCUUUGUGGCGCAGUUCUCUCUGCUGGCCGCCUUCUGCUGGAUGAGCGUGCUGUGCUUCGACAUCGCGCGAGCCUUCAGCACCUCCCUGCGGCCAGUGGACAGCAGCGCGGGCGCCGCCUGCCGCCGCUUGCUGCUGUACUCGCUGUUCGCGUGGGGCGGCCCCGCCCUUAUUGUCGCCGUCUCCGCCUACCUCAAUUUCGCCAAGGGCCUCUCGCGGGCGGUGCUGCGCCCAGACAUCGGCCGGCAGGGCUGCUGGUUCAAGAAGGGGAGUACGGUGCUUGCUUACUACUAUGGGCCUGUGCUGUUCCUGCUGCUGGCCAACGUGGCGAUGUUCUCGUUCACGGUGAUGCGGUUGCGGAUGGCGCAGCGCGACAUGGCGCAUCUCAAGAACGAGGAGGGGCAGCUGACGGGUGGCGCCCUGCGGAGGCGCCGCGAGCGGCUGCUGCUGUACGCCAAGCUGUUCUCGCUGAUGGGCGUGACGUGGCUGCUGGAGGUGGUGGCGUGGGCGGCGGGCGCUGGCCGCAUCACCGUCUUCGCCGUGGACUCGCUCAACGUGCUGCGCGGCGUGGGCGUGUUCGUCGCGUGCUGUUGCAAGCGCGAGGUGCUGCGCUCCCUGCGCCAGCGCCUCUCCGAGUUGCUGCCGUGCGCGCCCCGACCGCGCAUGCGCGAGCGCGGCCUGUCUUGCACCGUCACCACCACGCUCAGCGUCUCCACACCUCUCUCCACACGCAUGCGGCACUUCGACAGCCUCUCCGCGCGCUGAGCGCUCUGCUCUGCCCUUCGCUUCGAAAUUUAGUGUUUCGGAAGCGCGGCAACUGAUGGGGUGAUUCGCUCCCGAAGUGUAUAGUGCGUGUAAAAAUCCGAGGAUGUUUCUCUCCAAUUAGAACGUGGUAUCUGUCACCGAUCUACAUUACGGUUCAGUGCCCCUUCCAGUUGUCUGCCCUCAACGUGGCACCCCUCUAGCUGGGGCGAAUAUUAAACUCGUGAUGCGGUCCAACGUUCUGUGUUAGUAAAGAGUGUUUGGGUGUGAGUAAGGGGAGACAAGAGGUGAGGAUUAGGAAGGAAAAUUCGUGUGGAUUCCGUCACCACCUUCUUAAUAUAAUGCUCCAGCAUUCACCUGAUAUUGGGCGCCACGACCGCGCUUGCUAGUGCACGGUUUGCCCUGCACCGUAAUCCCCUCGCUCUGUGUCUCCACGCCCCUCUGCAUGCGCAUGCGCUUUGACAGCCUCCCGGCGGCACGCUGGGUGCUCGCCCCUCCGAUUCCAUUAGUAGUGUUUCGGGUGUGCGUGAACCGACGUUGUAAUUGGGUCCGGAAGUGUAGCGCAUGUUAUAAUCACAGAGGAGGCGGCGUUUCUCACCUGCUGAAACGUGAGAUCCGUCGCCGACCUACAUAACCGGUCAUAGAGUUUUGCCCCAAAGGUAUUCUCCGUUAAAGUGGCAUCUCCCCAUCUCUGGAGUGGUCUUUUGACAGUGUUAGUGAAGUGUUUGUAAGUGUGUGUGGGUGUGUGUAAAGGGAGACCUGAGAGCGAAGAUGGAAGUGAUGGUCGCUGACAUUUCGUCACCAGUUUCAUGAGGUUCAGCCUCAGUAUUUAUCUGAUAUUAAUAGGGAUUAUCAUGCAAAAGUACUGAUUAGAAUCGUCGGUCGCUGUAAUUCUCCUCCAGACAGUAGUGCUCUGGAUAUAAUAUGCAAUAUAUCCGGUAUAAAACACUACUACUCUUAUGGGACUAAUAGUGUAAAUAGGAACUAAAUAGUUCACGUGCCAUGAAUCAAUACUGGCUCAGUAUGAGACGUGAUGAAGCUAGACUUAUAAAACUGGCGUCAGUGAACGGCUUGCCGUUACCCCAAUCACAAAAUGUGAAAACCCGGACGGGUACACCAUGGCAUAUUCCGAAGAACAUUACUGAAAAAUAUAGUAAUGGUUAAAAUUUAAACAGGGUUUGGAAAAUUUAAAAUUUGAUGUGUUUCUUUUGCUUCUGUUGUUUUUCUUGUUGUUGUUAUUGUUGUGUCUCGGUGUUAUCUCGGUGAC